AUGGGUAACAAAGAUUAUUAUGCUAUAUUAGGUGUUAAUCGAUUGGCUGGUGAUGAUGAAAUAAAACGUGCCUAUAAACAAAAAGCACUUAGACAUCAUCCAGACAAAAAUCAUGGUGAUGUUGAAGCUGAAAAAAAAUUUAUGGAUAUUAGUGAAGCAUAUGAAAUAUUAUCCAAUCCAUAUAAACGUUCAUUAUAUGAUCGUUUUGGUAGUGAAGAAUUACGAAAUUAUUUAGGUACUGAUCCACGUACACAUUUUCCUUCAUCCGGUUCAUAUUAUUCAGAUUAUGGAACGGAUUUAAAUAAUGAUUAUACAUAUGAUGCAUAUAAUAAUUAUUUUGUACGUUAUAAAGAUCCAUCAACAUUUUAUGAUUUAUAUGUUACAUUAGAAGAAGUUAAUAAAGGUGCAACAAGAAAAAUGAAAAUAACACGUAAAAGAUUUAAUAUUGAAUUAAAUACAACUGUAAGUGAUGAAAAAUUACUUGAAAUUCAAAUAAAACCUGGUUGGAAAGAAGGAACUAAAAUAACAUUUGAAGGUGAAGGUGAUGAAUGUGAUCAAAAUACUAUAGCAGGUGAUAUUGUAUUUAUUAUACGUGAUAAACCACAUCCAACAUUUGAACGAUCAAAUUCGGAUUUAAUUUAUCAUAUUAAAUUAACAUUAAAACAAGCAUUACUUGGUACAUCAAUUGUUAUACCAUUUCUUGAUCCAAAUAAAAUACCAUAUCAAUAUUAUUCUCAUCAAGAAAUAAUAACACCACAAACAGAAAAACGUUUUUUAAAUGAAGGUUUACCUUAUCCAAAAGAUCCAACACGACGUGGUGAUCUUAUUGUUAAAUUUGAUAUUUUAUUUCCAAAAAUACUUAAUCAUGAACAACGUACUAUUGUUGAUUGUUGUUUUUCAAAUUCAAUUGAUACUUAUCAACCAUAUAAUUCUGUAUUUCAUAGUACAAUUAUUGAUGAAACACAAUUAAAACAAUCAUAUUCACAAACUCGUAUAUCACCAACACAAAUAUCACCAUCACAACAACAACCACAAGUAUCAACAAUGCAAAAUCAGUCAAUUCCUAAUUUAAAUUCAACAACAACAAUUAAUAAUAAACCUCAAUCUACAUCUACUAAUACGAGUAAUAAUAAUAAUAAUAAUAUUCAUCCUCAAACAGUUUUAAAUCGUAAUGGACAUCAAAAAUCAUCAAAUGGUCCAAGUAAAACUCGUACUAAAACUACUAAAAAAUCAUCUGUUGAUGCUUCGUCAUCAAUAUCACCAUCAGUUUCACCUAAAACAUCAACAGCUAAUGAGAUUGUUUUUUGA